AUGGAGUUGGAUAGUGUUGUAGCUAUUUUAGUUAUAUUUUGUUGUUCUUUGGUUACGCUUCUGGCGAGUGAAGAAAGUAUCAAGAUGGGCAAAUCAAUCACUGGUAAUCAGAAAAUGAUUUCAGCUGGAGGAAGUUUUGCCUUAGGCUUCUUCACUCCGCGUAAUUCUACAUUUACCUAUCUUGGCAUAUGGUACAACACAAUCCCCGAGCAAACGGUCAUUUGGAUUGCUAAUAGGGAAUCUCGAAUUCCUCAGAAUUCUACUGCUGUUUUCACUAUUGGCAAUGAUGGGAAUUUUGUGAUUUUUGAGGUAAAAGAUCAACUUAUUUGGUCAUCAAAUGUUUCAUCCAUAACUUCAAAUUUUACUGUAGGAGCACUGCUAGAUAAUGGAAAUCUAGUGCUCAUACAUGGUGAGUCUGAUUUAUUGUGGCAGAGCUUUGAUCAUCCUACGGAUACGCUUAUGCCUGAUAUGAAACUUGAUCCUGGAGGGCAGAUGCGGCGUUUUUAUAUAUUAAAGCAGAACAGUAUUUAUUUUAGGUUUGAUGAUAGUAAUGAAUACGCUGGAGGGAAUAUCGGGGGAAUUGGUUGGUAUAUUUCUGUUGUUUCGGAGAAUGAUGGAAUUUUUGUUACUUAUGGUUAUACCAAAGGAUUGGUAACAUUAAGGGUUAUUUUGCAUCCUAAUGGUUACCUUCAGUUGCUGGAAUGGCAUCAAAAUGCUAAUAAGUGGAUAGUUAAAAAUCAGGCACCACAAUCUCUUUGUGAACGUUACGCGGAGUGUGGUCCAUUUGGAAGCUGUGCGGUUAGAUCAAGUGGAUUAUGCAGAUGCUUAACUGGAUUUGAACCAAGAUUUUCGACAGAUUGGGUGAACGGGAAAUGGAAUGAUGGUUGUGUUAGAAAAGUAGCAUUGAGUUGUGAUGGCGGAGACAUAUUCUUGAAACAUGAUGAGGAUAUGAAGUUUCCGGAUCAUGCUAUCUCGUUAGGACAUAUGAGCAUUAAGGACUGUGAAACGCGGUGCAUUAGGAACUGUUCUUGUUCAGCUUAUGCUUAUUCAAAUAGCACCUGUUUAAUUUGGUUUGGAGAUUUACUGGACCUUUCCCACAACUUUCCUGGUGGCAGAGUUCUCAAUGUUCGAGUUCGUGGCUCUGAGCCAGGAAUUCAGCUCACAGACACAAAGUUUUUGUUGUGA